AUGAAAAGAGCCAAACGCUGGCUGUUCAUGACAGCGACAGUGCUGUUGUUGGGUCUGAUUGGCUCCGCGGAUGCUGCGCUGCCCUUCAAGAAGGUCUCCAUUGCCAAAACACCUGCCUCUACAACCAGCACAAGCACAACGACUACCGAAAGUUCAGAACCUGCCACAGAAAAACAAGAGUUGCCACAGCCCACCGGCGAGGGGGAGGAGAGCAAGUCGGACAAUGUGACGCUGUCGAAAAACUCCAAAUUGACGGGCAUACCGCAAAUUGAUUAUAUCUGGGAUCCAAAUUUGCCACGAGAGCUAAGAGGCUACAAUCUCUCGAGCUAUCCUUUCUUGUCUACCGUUCCACCCAUGGAUGAGAUUCACUUCAAGUGCGAGGGUCUCCACGACGGUUUUUAUGCCUCAAUUGAGUACAAAUGUCAGAUUUAUCAUCAUUGCGUCUACGGUAUACGACACGAUUUCCUUUGCGCCAAUUUCACGGCCUUCGAUCAGCGCACCUUCAUCUGUCACUUUGCCUCCGAUGUGGACUGCGAGGGCUCCCAAAAGUACUGGAACAGAAAUGAUGAGCUAUACAUGGCCACGACGACGUCGUCGACGAGCACGACCACAACGGAACCACCUCCGACCCCGCCUAGACGUCGGGCGCAGCGACCCUAUCAUCGACCCUACAACCGCCGCCCCGUGGAUGACUACUAUUAUGACGAGUCGGAGGAUGAGUACUAUGAGGAGCGCUACAGUCGUCGCAAUCCACGUCCGCGUCCGCGCAAACCGCAACUGCAACUGGACUACGACGAUGAGUACGAGGAUAAACAAGUGGCGGAAAAGCCGCUGCGACGCAACCGAAAUCGCUACAGGGACGAGGAUGAGCUCGUCGACGAGGACUACGAUGAUCGGCGCAAUCGACCUGGCGGCCGGCGUAGCAAGCCCCAGCCAGCAGCUGGCGGUCGUGGUAAGGCAUCGCCCCGCAAGCCAGGACGCGUUGAGGAGCGUCGCAGCUUCAAUGAGGAACGCGUCGCUGACGAACCACGUCGUGCAGGUGGCAGACGGCGCAGCAGCGAAAAGCGCACGACACCAUCUACAGUUGCGGUGCUGGACGAGCUUGAUGAGUAUGAGAAGCCCGACGGGCUGGACCAGGAGGAGGCAGCCGAAGAGCAAACACCGCAGAAAGUAAAAACAACGCCCAAGCCAUUGACUGAGUUUAUUACGCCCAAAGCGGCGGCUGCCUCCGUCUAUGCCCGUCCCCGUGCCCCGCCGCGCAUAGCUCGUCCCGUGCCCGUCAACGAGAAGAAAAAGUAUUCCUAUCCCGUGCAGAAAAACACGGCUACCACACACGCUCCAGCAGGUGGCGAGCAGGAGGAUGACGAUUACUACCAAGACCGUGAGCAGCAGGAGGAGGACUACGAGCAGCCGGCACAACCAGCACGCAAUGCGCCACGCAGACGCACUGCAGCCCCCAAAGAACAGAAGCCCACGCGCUCAACUCUGCGCAAGCCAGUGACAGAGAAGAAGGCGCUGCUGGACGAGGAGGAUGACUACGAGGCCGAGCGACAGGAAACGCCACGCCGUAAGCGUCCACAGGCCAGCAGAGCUCGUGCGCCGGCUGCCGAUGUGGACUUCGUGGACGAUGUGGAUUACGAGGAGCGGCCAGCGCCUGCACGAGCGCAGCGAGUGCGCCCCAAGCCAGCUGCUCCCGUACCACGUAAGCCUGCAGCACGCCCCAGACAACCCAUUGUGCAGGAGGAUGAGGAGGAGCAUGUCGAGCCCGCCAGUGAAGAGCAGCCGGCGCAGCCGCGUGUUCCACCGGCGCGCACGAAAUCCAACUCCUUGGUGGGCAUAACCCCGGCGAGACGCAAUCAAAAACUGGCGCUGGCCAAUCGACAACGUGCGUUGCCCACGUCCAGGACAACAGCAGCGCCCGCACUGGAAGAGGAACUGCCCGAGGAGGAGGCACUGCAGCCAGAGCACGCCGAGCCAGAUGAGGUGGAUGAGCCGCUGGCGCCAGCAGCACCAGCCAAGCCACUGCGACCCGCUUCGGUACGUGUGGUCAAGCGACCCUUCCUGCCCUCGCGUGGUGGCAGCCCAUAUUUGCCGCGAGGCCUUCAGCCGGUGGGCGUGGCAGUGCGGUCGCAACUGACCAGCAAUACGCGCACCACAGACAGCACGCCCAUCGACAUGGGCUCAACCAUAUCGGGCGUGCGCCUGCUGGAGCAUGGAGCGCCGCUGCUGCGCGGCGAACAGCCAAGCAGUGACAGUGACGGUGACAGUGAGGCUGACAGCGAUGAGCUGCCGGCACCGUCGCCCAACCCACCGCGCACCACAUUGCCGCCACGCAGUGCACUGCCCACAUCGGUAACGCCCAGGCGGCCAGAGCCACAGCCGGUCAAGCUCAAUCUGGACGAACUCUAUGAGAACGACUACGAUGUGACGCUGAACGAUGCGCUCGAUCCCACGCUUAAACCGCUUACGCCACUGCAUCCACAUCAGCAUCAGCAUGCCAACUAUCAGAGCCGGGCCUAUGCUAGUGCGUAUGUCGCACCCGCUGCCAGCGGAGCGUACAAUCCAUUUGCCGGUCAUGGCAAUAGCAACUAUCAGCAGCAGGCAUCCAUCUAUCAGAAUCAUUCGCCGUCAUCAUCCCAUGCAUCCGCUUCGCAGUCACAGCCUCAGUCUCAGUCACAUUCGCCACCGAACUAUCAUAGUGAUUCCUAUUUCUCAUCGACAGAUAUACGCCGGCGAGCGAUUGUCCCGGCGCAGGUCUCGCGUGCACAUAGACACGAAUACGCUGCCGGAGGAGCAGUGAGCAGCACCCAAACGGGCGCACGACUUGCCCAGCAUUACUACGAUGAGUUUGCAUAUUAGUCGCGGUUACAAGUCUGUGAAAAAUCAAGUUUCUUCAGCUGUAAAUAACUAGAAGGCGCACCAGGUGCCUAGGCAACUGCUUUUCUACUCUAUCUUUUUCUUUUUU